AUGAUUGCACAGCACUGUGCCAAGUCAUGGAUCAUUCAUUUGAAGGAGUUGUCAGGUGUGGCUGUGCUAAAUGUGCAAAGAGGGAUGAAAGGACAUGUGAUCAUAUCCUCAAAAUCCUUUGCAUUUAAUGUGUUAAUGCCAAUAUGUGUAUUAUUUGUGGGAAGUUUGCCACCUACCUGUGAAUGGUUGAGAAAGCAUGCUACACCGUUGAUUGUGCAUAGGGAGAAGGUUAGAGAUGCAUUGUUGUGGCUUAAGGAUAAUAACAAGCAUUAUCAUGAUGUUACUGUUGAUCAUGAAAAUAUUGACACAUUAUCUGAGUCUGACAUUGUUCCCAUUCAUGUAGAACAUGUACAGACUUCUGAGCAACACAAAUCGUUGACUUCGCAGUAUGAUGGAAUUGACAAUUUCCCUGUGGACACUGAGUGGAUGGAAGGCAUUUUCAAUAAGGUCAUUGUUAUGGACAUUGAUCCAAAUGCUCCAGCUCAUGGAUUACAGGCUGUGGCUAUGAAACAUAUGAAGAGCAAACAGGAUGGAUUUAUUCAGAUCCCACAUGGAAAACAGCCAGUAAAUGAAUUUUCUAAACUGGUUCUCUUCCCAUUGAUGUAUCCAUCCUUGUUCCCAUAUGGUAUUGGGGGGUUUGAAGAUCCAAGCCAUAAAGAGAAGCUUUCGCUCAAGUGUCACAUUAAGCAUUUCUUUGCACUCCAUGACAUGCAUUUUUAA